GGGUGGUGUCGCGUUGUUUCACCGGUGCUGAGUGAAGAAGACGCCGAAUAAGGUGAAUUUGGAGAAGUUCGAGGUAGAAAGCUUUGGAUUAGGAUUUAUCGUGAUUCGAGGUAAGUUUCUCUGUCAAUCCAAAAUCGUUUCCUCGUAUUAUAUAUGUAUUAUGUGAUACGUGAUUUUAAUGUGAGUUAUGAUGUAUAUGCAUGUGAUUUUGAGAUUUGUUCGAUAUGUGAUAUUUAAGAAGUGAAACUAAGUGCUUUUAGGUGUUGAAUAUUUUAUUUAAACAUUUCCGAGACAGUUUGAGAAAUUGAGGAAUAUUUUGAAGUAUAUUAAACCAAGAUAAAAGAAUGAUUUCAUAAAAAGUGAGCACCACGGGAGAAAUCCGUGGUUUCGGUUUUCCACAUCCGGAUAAAUGUGGAGGGUGAUUAGAGUGGCUACUACUAAGAAGUACAGUUUGAGUAACUUUCGGAUCGAUGAUCCCUUUUAAGAAAGAGAGUUGUGGUAGUAGUAGUAGUUCCGACGUAAAAGGCCUGCUACUGCUAAGGAUGAGGAUAAAUUUUGACUGAUAAUUGGAUCGAUGAUCCCUUUUAAAGUUAUAGUAGUAGUCCCUAAUCAUUCAAGAAUUUUUAAAGGUGGGGUGGUUGGGUUCCGACCACUCGGGAUGACUUACUACUCAGAGGGCUUGGAAUCCCUUUUAGGGGGUGUGCACACUUAAGGUAGUCGUUUCGUUUCCAUUAGCAGUUGUGGUACCGGGAAAAGUCCCGGGGUGGCCGUACAUAAUAACGUAACCACCGGGCUCAACCAGAGUGUUGAGCACCGCCCUUCUAAAUUACUAGGAAGUUAGAAAGAUUGGGAUUUUGAAAAUCCAAAGAGAAGAAGAGUUUACAAUUUAAGAAGUGACUUUUGAGGUGAUACUCAGAAAAGAAGAAUUUAUUAAUAAUGAAGUAAUUUUUUUUGAAGUGAAUAAAAGAGAAAAGGAUUUCGGUGGAGUGAGUUAUUUUUAUAUAAUAUUAUAUAAAAAUCUAUUUUAGUAAAACGUGAUUAUUUUACGGGGUUGGGUAGUACUUACUUAGCUCUAAAGCUAAUUUUUCUUUCCUUUUCCUUGUUUUGUAAUCUGCACUUUAUUUGUGCAGGUGAUGAUGUCUAUGUUGAUUGUUGAUUGCAUGCGUCUGAGAGCGGUUGCUAGAUGCCUUAGUAAAAUCUAGACAUGAAUGAACAUUUUAGUUACGUUGAACAUUUGUUUCUUCAUAUUACAAUUAAUUAUGACUAUUUUGUUUUAGUUGCCUGUGCAUCCGGUUAAGAGAUGACCGGAUGUGGCGGUAACACCCGUUUCCCUAUUUAAAUUAUUUCCGCUGCAAGAUUUUUAUCAAUUUCGAAUGAAUAAAGCAAGUUUAUUAUCAAUAAAUUAUUAUUUCAAGUAUUAUUUUUGGGCGGGAAAUUGGGGGUGUUACAUAAAGCCUAUAGAGUACUCAACAGAAGGACUCUACAUGUUGAAGAGUCUAUACAUGUGAAGUUUGAUGAUAGCAUCUCUGUUAAAGAAGUAACAGAGACCCUCAAAGAAGUCAGCAUAGAGGACAGAACACCAGAACCAACAGAAGAGGUAGCAGAUAACCCUGCAUUUCCAACACCUACACCAAACCCCCUUCUGUUAAAUGAAGAUGAAGACUCAGAGAAUGAAGAACCAGAGAGACCCAGACAGCAACUGACAGAACCUGAUCUGACAUGGUUAAGUGACCAUCCCCCUAAUCAAGUUAUUGGGCAUUUCAGAAGUGGUGUGCAUACCAGAUCAGCAUCAACAAGGAGAGAAGCAAUGCUUGCCUGCUAUAUAUCUCAGAUGGAACCCAUGACUGUGGAAGAAGCUCUUGCAGACUCAGGUUGGAUCAAUGCAAUGCAAGAAGAGCUGACUCAAUUUGAAAGGAACAAAGUAUGGGAACUUGUUCCUAGGCCAAAGCACCAGAAUGUCAUUGGAACAAAAUGGGUGUUCAAGAACAAAGCUGAUGAAGAUGGCAACAUUGUAAGGAAUAAAGCAAGGCUGGUAGCUAAAGGUUAUUGCCGAGAAGAAGGAAUAGAUUUUGAUGAGACUUUUGCACCAGUUGCCAGACUGGAAGCCAUCAGAAUAUUUCUAGCCUAUGCUGCCUACAACAACAUCAAGGUCUACCAGAUGGAUGUCAAAAGUGCAUUUCUGAAUGGAGAUCUUGAAGAAGAAAUUUAUGUGGAACAACCACCAGGUUUUGCCAUUCCUACUCACUCCUCCUGUGUCUACAAGCUUAAAAAGGCCCUCUAUGGUCUUAAGCAAGCUCCCAGAGCUUGGUAUGACACAUUUUCCGUAUUCCUAGUGAACCAUGGGUUUACUAAGGGAAAGGUUGACAAAACUUUAUUUCAAAUCUCUGUUGCUAAUCAUAUUUGGUAGUACAAAUAUAUGUUGAUGAUAUUAUAUUUGGUAGUACUAAUCCAGAAUUAUGCAAGAAGUUCUCUCAAGUGAUGCAGAGUCAAUUUGAAAUGAGUAUGAUGGGAGAACUCAGCUACUUCCUAGGACUACAAGUCAAACAAGUCCAUGAAGGAAUCUUUAUCAAUCAAGGGAAGUAUACCAGAGACCUGAUCAAGAAGUUUGGAGUGGAAGGCAAUCCUCAGUGAAGAUUCCCAUGAACACCUCACAAGGAAUUGGUCCGGAUGAUGAAGGAAAAGAUGUCGAUGCAACUACUGUUGGAGAUAUUUAAUUGUGAAUCAAGUCUGUCAUAGAUUAGCUUUAUAUUUAAUCCUUGUAUUUAAUUAGUGCAUAAAUUAGAUAGCAAUCGGGCCAAGUGUUAGGCCCAUAUAAACAGGCUAAAAAGCCUUGUACGCCUAACCUAAACCUCACCUAUAAAAAGGGAGCCCAGGGUUUAGGAUUAGGUUAACGUCGUACUUAUUCUUCAUAGCCUUACGCGCAUACUAUUGUGUUGUACGAGUUCACGGUCUAUCAAAGAGGGUUUUAUGUUGAUU